AUGCACAAACUACCCCACAUCAAAGAACCGGUUGAUGGGGCCAUUGACACCUUCCAGCCCAUCAACACCCCCAGCCCAGCUCUGCCCAAUGUCAUCAUGGAGCUUAACAUGUUACACCCUGAGCGGCUGAUCUCCCAGGCAGAAGCACAAACAGUGACAUGCCAAGCGUGCUCCGGCUCAGCAGACUCCUGCCAGCCUCCAGCAGGGAUCUGCACAGUAGACACGGCUAAAGGUGGCUGCUUUACGGUGGCAGAAGAUAUUAAACUGGUAGGCGAGACAAAGUCCACAAACCUUUCCAAAGGCUGCGUACGUGACUUCAGUGCUUUCAUAAAAGGCCCCGUCACUGUCACUCUUGGGAAUGGCAAGUAUGUGCGGGUCAACAUCACACAGUGCAACACAGACAAGUGUAACUCGGCUGUCCUGGCAGUGCCCAAGGAGAACACCACCAAGAAUGGGCUGCAGUGCCCAACCUGCUUUGCUCUGAAUACCAAUCCCUGCGACAGCCAAGACACCCCUUGUACAGGGGAUGAGAACUAUUGCAUCAGUUUCGCUGGGAACCUAGUGAAAGGUUCACCUCUAGAGAUAUCAACAUUUGUUGCAAAAGGCUGCGCUACUGAGUCUGUGAAGGGCAUUAAAUCCGGAGACAGCCUGGUUUCUGCAGUCUACGGGUUCGUGUUCACAGAGGCGACCUCCAAACCUGCCACCUCCAGCGGAGCCAGCCCGGCUCUGGGGAAAUUCUCCUUUGCCCUUUACCUGCCUGGCCUGACUGGGCUGCUGCUGGUGAAGCUGCUCUCCUGACCCCCUGCCCUGCACGGGCCAUGCAGCCCCUGAUUCCUGCACAUUGGCGCCCGAUAUAUGAGUCGAAUGUUAAUUCUAUUGAUUACUUUCGAAGUCCCAGCGAUCACUGGGAGGUCUGACAGGUUCUGGUCCCUAGAGCCGUCCCAGCGUUCUUAACAUUGCCGUUCAGCUGGGAACCCCGAUGGGGCCGGUCGCAGCCCUCGCACUGGAGGAACCUUCUGUUUCUAAUUGUUGAUCAACACCCUGUAGCAGAAUCACACAAGCUUCAGCCCAGCCCGGGGACAGCGUUACCACAGAAUGUCCGUCUGCCCAUCCCCGCACACCGCCCCUUGUGGAACAACCGGAAUCGUUAGCCAUUGUCUUCCUCCUCACCAUCACCUUCCUCCAAUGUCCUCAAUGUCCCCCAAACGCUACAUCCCGCUUGCCCCCUGCCCACAGCCUGGGGGACCAUUUUUAACGCCACUGUGCCUAAUGCCUAUUCCUUAGGGGGUUCUCCCCUCCUCCUUAUCUGUCUCUCCUCACCCUGCUGAUGUCAGGGUCCCUUCUCCUGUAGGUUAGGAUAUUACUGAUUUCAACUUAUUAUCACACAUGUCAAUUCCUUGCCAUGGCCAGCCUGUGGUCAGACAUCUGCAGAUGUUCCCAUCCAACAGUAUCCCAAAGCUGGCGUUAGCUCACGUCCCUGUGGCUGGCUGGUGUCGUUAUGGACAAACCUCCCCUGUUCCCAAUCCCCCCAAAUUUAGGGACGACCAUUGGGCCAUUUAUCUGUGCCAAAGUUCAUAGGCCCCAAGCCUUACGUUAUGUUCCGGUUACCCAUUGCUGAGCCACAAAAUAAUUUGCUUGUCUUUCUGUGUGUGUGUGAAUAUAUCUAAUCUGUAUUAAA